AUGCGUUUCUCCACCACCACCGUUCUCUUCGCCAUCGUCGCUCUCUCCGCGGCCGGUCCCGUGGCGCUCAAGAAGAAGCAGGCCAGCGUCCUCACCGCCAGACCGUACAGCCAGUUCCAGAUCUCGGACGGAGUGGCAGGAAAUGCGCUCGCCGAAGUCAAUGCCGCCUUCCCCAUCGACACGUCCGACCUGGCCUCGGUCUCGGAGGAUGAUCUCCAAAUCAUCAAGGACGCACGCGAGACGGCCGAAGACGCCGAGACCGGCACGGGAGGCUUCAAUGACGAACUUGACGCCGCGUCGGGAGACACCACAGCUCUGCAGAACGGCAAGAUCAAGAACAAAGUCCUCAAAUUGCAGCUGGAGGUGUUGGCCCUGCAGAUCGAGGCCGCGCAGGGGGAUGCCGACCAGGACAAGAUCGACGAGGAGAUGACCAAGCUGAACAAGAAUAUCGCGCUGGAUGAGGAGGCCGCGGGCCAGGAUAGCGUGGGCGUUUCGGAUACGUUCGCUGGGUAG